AUGGACCAUAGUGAUCAAUUCACAACUUAUUCGAUAUUCAAUGGUAGAGAUGCAUUACUUAGAUGGGCUCGUGUACAAGGAAAAAUGAAUAAUAUUGUCAUUGUAAUUAAAAGGUCUGAUUAUGGAGGUGAGGGCAAGAGGAGACAUCGAGUAAUACUUGCUUGCGAGAGGAGUGGCAACUAUAAGUCUUGCAAGUCUAGUGAGACAACUGGUGUCAAUAUUGGUGAUGGGGAUGAUUGGAAGUUGGAGGUGGUUUGUGGAAUACAUAACCAUCCUAUUUCAGAGUAUCUUCAAGGUCAUUUAUUUGUGGGGCGACUUUCUGAAGAGAAGAAUGCCUUGUUGGUGGACAUGUCUAAGAGUUUGGUGAAAUCUAGAGAUAUUUUAGUCACCCUGAAGGAUAGAGAUGCAAUGAAUGUUUCAACUAUGAAGACAAUAUACAAUGCUAGGAUUCGAAAUAGAACCAAAGAGUUUGCUGGGAGAACCCAAAUGCAACAAUUGCUUACUAAGUUAUCCGAACACAAUUAUAUUGAGUGGCAUAGGACAUCUAGUGAUAUUGUAAUUGACCUGUUUUGGAGACACCUUAUUAAUAUUGAGAUUUUGCGUGCAUUUUCACAUGUACUUAUCAUGGAUUGCACUUAUAAAACUAAUAGGUAUUGUCCCACUAUUGCAAAUUGUGGGGGUGACAUCUACUAA